GGGCUAGGCGCGGGGACGCCACUUCCUGCUGGAGCGGGGCGGAAAGGGCCGCUGCCUCGCGUCGCUCCUUCUUUCUCGCCGCCGCCAUCAUGGGUCGCAUGCACGCUCCCGGAAAGGGCCUGUCCCAGUCGGCCUUGCCCUACAGACGCAGCGUGCCCACGUGGCUGAAACUUACUUCUGAUGAUGUAAAGGAACAGAUCUACAAGUUGGCUAAAAAAGGCCUGACUCCCUCACAAAUUGGUGUGAUCCUGAGGGAUUCCCAUGGUGUUGCCCAGGUUCGCUUUGUUACUGGCAACAAAAUUUUGAGAAUCCUUAAAUCGAAGGGACUGGCCCCAGACCUUCCGGAGGAUCUUUAUCACUUGAUUAAGAAAGCUGUUGCUGUUCGCAAACACCUUGAGAGAAACAGAAAGGAUAAAGAUGCCAAGUUCCGUCUGAUUCUGAUCGAAAGCAGAAUCCAUAGGUUGGCUCGCUACUACAAAACCAAGAGAGUGCUGCCGCCCAACUGGAAGUAUGAAUCAUCGACAGCUUCUGCCCUGGUUGCAUAAGAGCUGGCUAUGACUUACUGAAAAAAUAAAUUUUCAUUAACUAA